AUGUCGAAUUUUCUAAGAAAGAAGCUACACCUCUGUUUCUCCUCCUCCGGUGGUCUCUCACCGUCGAUUCCUUCUUCUCCGAUUAUCGUAUCAACUCACAACAACCCUCCAUCUCAUCACCAUACUCCCUCGAUCUUCAUCAACAACUUCAAUUCCCUCUACGAUCACCUCUCUGUUUCCUCUCCUCUCCACCGUCGCCACCGUUCCGAUAAUCACUUCUCCGCCGCCGCCGCCGCAUUCACCAUACCAAAAUCCGGUGACAUUGGAUCCGCUAGAACAGCCGAAUUGUUCGACGAAGAAGAAGAAGAGGACGAUUAUGCCGUCGUGUCAAAGCUUUUAAGCGGCGGAACGGCGAUUAUGAAGCACAUUGAGUCACCGGAUCCGUACAGAGAUUUCGGGAGGUCAAUGAGAGAGAUGGUGGAAGCUAGGGAUCUGAUGACGAGAGACGUCGCCGACGAUAGAGAAUACUUGCACGAAUUGCUCUUCUGUUAUCUCUCCUUGAAUCCGAAACAUACUCACAAAUUCAUCGUCUCUGCUUUCGCCGAUACUCUCCUCUGGUUACUUUCUCCGUCGUCGUUGCCGAAGGAGAGUUUUCGAUCACAAUCGAUUUAAUUUUAUUCCGCUUUUAAACUGUAAUCUUUUUCUCAUUUAAUAUUUGGGCCUGUGGGCUUUAAAAGGCCCAUAAAUGUAGCACAACUCGCUGUCGCAUCUGAUCAUUGAUUAGAUAUCUGAAUUAUCCCCAACGGAUCAGAAAAUAUAAAAAUC